GUGGUAAAGGAAACUAGCUGAGUCGUUUUCUGAGAAGAGACCAUAUUUGUUCGCAGAGGAAGCCGUUGCUUUCUGGGAUCUGGCUACAGCAGAAAAGACAUCAGCUCCAACAAGGGUGUUCCACAGGGUAGCUGAGAGUUGGAAGAGCCAAGAACGCCUCCGAGCGCAGGAUUUGAGCUUCUCUGCGCAUGGGUGCAGCGCCCAUGCUCAGCUGGUGAGCUUCCUCCCGGGAGAGCAGCCAUGGCACUGAGGAAUGUGCCCUUUCGCUCAGAGGUCCUAAGCUGGGACCCCAACAGCCUUGCUGACUAUUUCAAGAAGCUGAACUAUAAGGACUGUGAGAAGGCGGUGAAGAAGUACCACAUCGAUGGGGCUCGCUUCUUGAACCUGACAGAAAAUGACAUCCAGAAGUUCCCCAAGCUCCGGGUGCCGAUUCUCAGUAAGUUAAGUCAAGAAAUCAACAAGAAUGAAGAGAGAAGGAGCAUCUUCACACGCAAACCCCAAGUCCAGCGCUUUCCUGAAGAGACAGAAAGCCACGAAGAAGACAAUGGGGGCUGGUCGUCCUUUGAAGAAGAUGACUAUGAGAGUCCCAAUGAUGACCAGGAUGGAGAGGAUGAUGGUGACUAUGAGUCCCCCAAUGAGGAGGAAGAGGCACCCGUGGAAGAUGAUGCGGAUUAUGAGCCACCACCCUCCAAUGAUGAGGAAGCUCUGCAGAGCUCCAUCCUGCCUGCCAAGCCUUUCCCCAACUCCAACUCCAUGUACAUCGACCGGCCCCUCUCUGGGAAAGCCCCCCAGCAGCCUCCUGUGCCCCCCCAGAGACCGAUGGUCGCCCUCCCGCCCCCGCCAUCAGGCCGGAAUCACUCGCCACUGCCCCCACCCCAGACCAACCAUGAAGAGUCCAGAAGCAGAAACCACAAAACAGCAAAGCUCCCUGCUCCUUCAAUAGACAGAAGCACGAAACCUCCCCUAGAUCGUUCUUUAGCUCCGUUUGACAGAGAACCCUUCACACUAGGAAAGAAACCACCAUUUUCUGACAAGCCCUCGAUUCCGGCAGGAAGGCCUCUCGGGGAGCAUUUACCCAAGAUGCAAAAGCCUCCUUUACCACCAACCACGGAAAGACAUGAAAGAAGCAGCCCCUUGCCAGGGAAGAAGCCACCUGUGCCAAAGCAUGGAUGGGGACCAGACCGAAGAGAGAAUAAUGAAGAUGACGUGCAUCAGAGGCCUUUGCCCCAACCAGCACUACUUCCUAUGAGCUCCAACACUUUCCCUUCGAGAUCUACUAAGCCAAGCCCCAAGCACUCCCUCCCAUCCUCUCACAUGUCUGGAGCAUUCUCAGAAAGUAACAGCAGUUUUCCACAGAGUGCGUCCCUGCCGCCAUACUUCUCUCAAGGCCCUAGCAACAGACCACCUCUCAGAGCCGAAGGCAGAAACAUCCCCUUGCCACUUCCAAAUAAACCUCGGCCCCCAUCCCCUGAGGAAGAAGAGAAUUCAUUAAAUGAAGAGUGGUACGUUUCUUAUAUUACCCGACCAGAGGCAGAAGCUGCUCUUAGAAAGAUAAACCAGGAUGGCACUUUUCUGGUUAGAGACAGCUCUAAAAAAACAAUAACCAAUCCAUAUGUCCUCAUGGUGUUGUACAAAGAUAAAGUUUACAACAUCCAGAUCCGUUACCAGCAGGAAAGUCAAGUUUACUUGUUGGGAACUGGACUCCGAGGGAAAGAGGACUUUCUGUCUGUGUCAGAUAUUAUUGACUACUUCAGGAAAAUGCCACUUCUGCUCAUUGAUGGGAAAAACCGAGGUUCCAGAUACCAGUGCACAUUAACGCAUGCUGCAGGAUACCCAUAGCAAGUUGUAGCUGAGCAAAUGAACCAUCCUCCUGCCUCUGUUGCCAACACGAGAUCAAUCAGCUUUGGUCAACGGAUAAACACUUAGGACUGAGUUUAACCCUUCCCCAUGAACACAAGGGUAUUAUCCUUUCCUUUAAAAACAGUGUUUGAAAUGAAGACUGUCAAAUUCCCAUAAUUUAUUUAUUCUUCUUCAAUGUUUGUAAAGUGCAUGAGUAAUGUUCACACUUGAAGUCUAGUAGUGCACUGUAAUAAUUCACUUUUUUAAAGUUGUGUAUUUUUUUAAUAUCCAUUUCAAAAUACAGUAGUUUACACAGCUACAGAAACAAUUUGGGGCAAGUUUUAAAACACUGAAACAGUAACAGUUAUUGGCAUCACAUAAAACUGAUUUGUUUUUACAGCCAAACCUCUGUCAGUCAGAGGCAUUCAUUAGUUUUAUACAUGUAAUUUGAAAAUGACUAAACCUCAUUUUCUCAGCAGCAAUAAUUUAAGAGCCUUCAAAAAUACAAUUUUAUUCUUACUUAUUUGGUAUUCUUUCCUGGGGGAAUUUUUAUGUAAUUUUUUAUGAAAAGAUAAAUGCAUGUUGAGAUAACUUCUGGGAUUAAAAGUCUUUUGCUUUAAUUUUUUGGUUUCCUAAAACAACUUUAUUGACUUUUAGUCCAUACUGUUAUAUUUUUGUCUUAAAAAAAUUUAAACUACAAAUAGCAAAAGAAAACAUUUUCAAUUUAUGGAUGAGACUUUGGUGGAUUGUGGAUGUAGGUUUCAUUAACACAUCUGGGGUUAAGUUGGCAUUUCUUCACAUCCCCACACCCACAGCAACAUCACACACACCCCCACCUUCCCCCAACCCCAAAAACAUUGUCCAGGGAUAUAGAUUUUACCAAAGGCCUCCUGGGAAGACAAGGGAGCAACACUUUAAAUUUGUUCAGACUUUCCUAUUUGAUAUGGCUCUUCAAUCUCUUGUCAUCCCCCUGACAGCUCUGCCAUAAAGCCCCUUCUCCUCAUCCUUUCCAAACAGGCUGUAUAAGUGCUUUGAAGUAAUUCAGCUCUUUCUUUUAGUUUACAAAUCUCACUUAACAAAAAGUAUAGGCAUUCAGCCAGAUUAAAAAACUAGUAUUCAGCCAAACAGUGACAAUCAGUUGUUUUUCAAAUUUUUCCCAUUGGGACCUUGGUUAUUAUUGAACAACUUUUAUUAGCAACAAUUUUUGGCAUUUCUGUUUAAUCUACAAGUUUUCGGAAUGGAGAAGAAUAUCUUGCAUCUUCAUUUUCACGAACCAAUAAAAAGAAUAUUGGAAGGAAUCUAAGAAGUCACCAGUUUAAAACUCAUGAUAGGCUAAGAUAAGGAGUAUAUGGAAUGAAGAGACUUUUAACUAAUGAUAAAAAUUGUGUUUCCCAAAAUCUCAUCCUUAACCAGAAGUUCUCAGUUUAGGUCCAAAACUUGGGAGUUCUAAGGCUGAAAACCCUGCAUUCAUUUACAUGUCUAUACAACAGGCUAUUCAGCAAGCAUUUACUUAGUGGCUCUUCUGUGUUAAACAAGUGAGCUAGUUGCAAGGGAGUCAGGAUAGCAUACACCAUAGGUUCUCGCAUGGAGUAAGUUCACUUGUCUUGCUUCACCAUAUUCUAUUCUUAGGGUUCAAAAAUAUGUAAAACAAAGGACCUGACAGAUUUCAAAGCAACGAUUUGGUAGUGAAUCAUGUUUAUAAAUCAAACAUGCAUUUUAAGUCUCCUGGUGGAAUGGGCCAUUAGAAUUAAGAUGUUCUAUUCCACGGCUAUGACUGAAGUCAACGUGGGGAAGCUGAUAUUUUCAUGACUAGCAUUUUCUUUCAAGCACCGGCAACUCCUUUUGGCUAGGCCUUGCCUCUUUUCUUGUAUGUGAUCCCAGAUGCAUCAAUGGGAGUUGCUCAGAAUCCUGCUCAGUGAUAAAUAUCUUACUAAAGCUGGGUCAGUCAGGGUCACUCUCUGGAAUGUUACACAUGAAGCCUGAGACAAGAUCUUUUAUCUGGGGUCCCCAAAAGGCAAUGCUAUAUACUUGGAGCUGUCUGCUGCCCUGCAACUACUCCCAUUUACCAAUUAUCUGUAAGAACCGGUCUGCUGUAGAAGAGAAUGAGGCCAACAUACAAAAACACAGUAAAAGGAUAGACGAAUUAUUGGGGUCACUGAAAUCUAGCAACCAUGGACUUCCAACUCACAUGACUCAAAUGCUUCAGCUGGUUGAGUUGUGCUUGGCACUCACUAACAGGAGAGUUCUGAUUAAUAUAAACUCAUACCAUCAGUUAAUAAUUUAGUAGCUCUCUUUCAACCUGAGCCAAAUUCAAGCAUAAGCGAAAGGAUAAGCAGUGACCCAUGGCUAAUUUCCUAUGUCAUACGCUUGCAAUCAGGGAGGUAAGUUAAGCCAUUCUGAGAAACAUUAAACAGCAGCCUUCAAGAACAUAAACUGCUUUACAACAUUAUUUUAAUUUUGUUUUAAAUUAUAUAUAUACAAAUCAGUAAACUCAAUUCUCCCAAAUAUUUGUUAAUUCAAAAAUAAACUCACAACAAACAAAUAAGAAAUCAGAUAGAAAAACUGUUAGAAACAAGGGAUACAUCUGAUAUUUCAGCCUCUUCAAAGAGGGGGUCGUUUCUUUCUGCUUCUGUUAAGUUCUCAGUCUUCAUGGGAUGAUUAAAAUGUAGGGUAAGGUCACAAAGCAAUAACUGGGAGAGCUCUGUAUAAAACAAAACAGAAGUUAUAUUUUAGCACAUAUGUCAUAAAAAACUAUUAUUGCUUAAA